AUGCCUCCCUCCGCCGUCUUCUCGUACUGGCGGCGCGACCACCGUCGGUCCAGUGCGACCCCGAAACUGGCGCCUCCGCUGGCCCAGGUGCCGACCAUCCAAAGCACCCCCGCCGAUGUGCCCACGUCUGUGGGCAGCUCCCCGGCGCAUCCAGAGGGCUCGAGCCCGCAGACGCCGGAAUACUCCCCCGACGCGGACGGGGAGAAGCUGAACGUCACCGUGUCGACGGCGGCCAUCCCGCCGCCGUCGUCCUCGUCCACCAACCUCGCCGUCCCGUCCGCCACGUCGGAGAUUCGUCCCCAUUCGAGCCCCGAAGAAGAACGCGAACGAGAGGUGCCGCUCACCGCCCAGUCCAACCACUCGCAACCGUCCUUCACCGUCCCGCGUUCGACGGACCAGAGCGAUGCGGAGUCGUCCAAACCGAGCUCGCCCUUCCGGCUGUCCUUGGGGAAGAGUCUGCUGCAUGCCCAUCACCAACCCUCCGAUUAUCACUCCAAACGAGCCUCGACCCCCGCCAUGACCCACACUAGCCACUUCCGCUUCAAACCCGCGCCGGACGAUGCCACGCCCGACAAACCCAACGCGGGACACCGAGAUUACAAGAGGGACCGGGCGGAUGGCGGGAACGGCGGCCGACGGCAGGGCGACCGCGAGGUCUCGGGGGACCACGCCUCACACAAGUCGGGGAAGGCGAUGCUGCAUUUGCUGAACCCCAUGUCGCUCCUGGCCCGGAGACGGUCCUCCCACCUGGUCCACCUGCGGACGGAGGACACCGCCGCGGUCCCAGCCAUCCCGGACGACUACGACCCACGGAUUCGGGGGAAGAUCGUGCAUGACUUCUCCGCCCCGCGGCCCCGGCGGACGCGGUCCACCGCCCCCACUCGAUCCGAGGCGGGCUCCCGGGCCCCCUCGUCGCAGGACCAGGCGUCGGCCGCCCGAUUGUCGGACCGCGACGCCCCGAACUACGCCCCCGACCAGGCGAGAAAACGGCAGAGUGAAUACGCCCCCGUUUUCAAGGAGCAUUUCGAGGACGACCGCCCGGUGCUGCAGGUGGAGAACAAGGCCUACCUGCAAUCGUCACUGUUGACGAACCCGGCCGCGACCGACCAGGACACGCAGGCAAUUCCCGCAUUUGCAAGAAAGCUGCCCGCACAGGUCCCCGCGGACGAACCCUCGUCGGACAAGAUCUCAUCGGACAAGCCCUCACCUGACAAGCCCCCGUCGGACAAUGCUCCGGGCGUCCCAAACGAAGACAGGGCCCCGCAGCACGUACGCGAUGCGGACACCAUCGACAUCACCCCCCAUCAACCACUGGGCGUGCCCAAACACUGCAAGAGCAAUGCAUCCCGCUUCAGCUUCGACAUGGACGCCGUGGAAUCCGAGACCCAGGAAAAGCUGCUGGAGGAGAAGCACAAGGCCAAGGAGGCAGCGCGGAAGGCCAAGGCGCGCAUGGACGGCGACUUCAGCGACGCCGAGGACGACUAUGACAACGAUCUGUUCGACGACUUUGACGGCCUGGAGGAGAAGAUUCCGGGUGUGAACGUGGACGACGAGGAGGAUGGGUACGACGACUUUCCCGCCCCCGACGCGUUGGCGAACAAGUCCUGGCUCGCGCCCGGUUUGUCCCCGGUGGUGGCCAGCCCCAUCAGUCCGGUCGGACCCGGCUUGCCGCCGGGGGCGUCUCUGUCGACCCAUGAUCUGGGUACCGUGCCGACCCCGCCAUCGGAGCGGACCGCCGGCGUGACUGCCGCGGAGUGCUGCCCCGCUCCGCCACCGGGUGCGCGGGAUUCCACUGGACCACCGACGGAGGUACCGCAGAUCCCAAUCGGUCUCCCGCCGAGCAACCCACAGCCCUUGGUGGACGACGACGACGACAUGUACUUUGACGACGGCGAGUUCGGUGAUCUCACGGCGGACGUGGGUGGCGGGGAGACGUUUGACGAGUCUAUCUUCGAUGACGAGUCGAGCCAUCUCUACAGCCGCAAAACGGCCACCGCGCAGCCCCCCGUGGCGCCCGCCGAGGACCGGGACCCCGCACCGGCGCCGAUGGAGAUCCUCUCCGAGCUGGACGAACUGACUCUGGACACCGAAGAACGUUCCGACGGCCUGAAGCACAUGCCGAGCAUGGCGAGCGACUAUCGAGGCCUAGGGUCACGGCGCGUCGGCCGCGGCCCGCCGUCGCUGGAUCCGGCCAAGGCGCAGGGUGGCGUGCUGUCCGAGCACAACCUCGAGGCGCUACACCACGCACUCGCCGCGGCGGCCAAUCAGGCGACGCACGACGGACCCCGGGGCCGCGCAGUCAGCGGCAGUGAGCUGUCCCUGGGCGCGGAGAGCCUCCCGGAAAGCCUCCCCCCGACGCUGGGGGCGCCCCCGGCCCUGGGGGCGGACGAUGGGGCCUUUGAAGACCUGGACGCCUUUGAGGACUUGGACGACGACGACUUCGACGCGUCGCUCUACAACGACCCCAUCAUCGCGGCGGCCAACGCGGAGGCGCUGGAGAAUGACGACGAAGGCUUCUACGGGCAGGAGUUUGGGUUCUACGCGCACGCGCACGGAGCGCAGACGACGCAGCUGACGAGCGGCGGGUACUUUGGCCCGCGCACCCUCGAGGGCCUGACGCGGAGCUACAGCAGCCGCGGGACCUUCCGGGAACCAAGCCUGACGCCCAUCACGGAGCGCAGCGAGUGGAGCACGCGCAACUCGGUGAUCUCGCUGCCGCCGCACGGGGCGGGAGCGCAUUCGACCCCGUCGCUGGCGAGCCCAGGGCUGGCGCAGCUGGUGGAUCUGGGGCCGCGCGAGGACGAGAUGACGCUGAGCGCGCUGAUGCGGUUGCGGCGCGGCGCCUGGGGCGGCAGCAACGGGAGCCUGCGGAGCAGCAGUGCCAGUCCGCCGCCGCACCCACUACACGCACCGCACGCACCGCACGCGCCGUCAUCGCACCGAAACAGUUUUACGGGACUGUCGGACGUCAGCCCGACCGUGCACAACGUGCCGCCGGACCUCCCGUGGGGGUCCAGCAGCACGAGCGAGUCUCCGCGGAAGGACCCCGAGACGAGCGGCGGAUCGUCUCCGCCACGUCGCGUGGAGUCGUCGCCGAUCCGGGGCGCAUGA